ACGACGGGCUACUGGGACUGCUGCAAGCCGUCGUGCUCGUGGAGCGGCAAGGGCGACGUCGACGCGCCCGUGCGCUCCUGCGAGGCGGAGACGGGCGACGUCCUCUCGUCGCCGGACGUGGCCUCGGUCUGCGACGGGGGCACGGCCGCGUCCUGCGCGGACAACCAGCCCUGGACGUACAACGACGGCGUGUCGCUGGGCUUCGCGGCCGCGGCCGUCGGCGGCAUCACGGGCCUCGACGGCGACACCAACUGCGGCCAGUGCUACGAGCUCGUCUGGACGGACGACACCCACAGCUGGGGCGGCGGCGCGCACGCGUCGCUCGUCGGCCGGUCGCACGUCAUCCAGGUCACGAACAUCGGCUACGACGUCACCGGCGACCACAGCUUCGACCUCCAGAUCCCGGGCGCGGGCCAGGGCAUCUUCGACACGGGCUGCGCGAUCCAGUUCCCGGGCUACGACAGCGGCGACUUCGACUGCGACAACAACUACGGCGGCUGCGCCGACAACUCGGGCUGCGACCGCCUGCCCGACGACCUGCGGUCCGGCUGCGACUGGCGCUACGACGACUACCUCUACAACGAGGGCGGCACGUCGAACAACCCCUACGUGCGCUUCCGCCGCGUGCGCUGCCCCGCGGAGCUCGUGGCCAUCACGGGGACCACGCCCAACGACGAC